AUGUUUGCUCCGGCGGCUCGGCUCGCCACCAGGCGGCUGCACGAGAUCCGACGCGUCCUGCGGCCGCCGGCGCAGGUUCGGGAGGCAGUUCCUCGCUCAUUGCGAGAAAUCCUCAUAUUGUGGCUUGUCUCCCUCUUUUGAGGUUCUGAUUUAUGGGGUUUCGGUUUUCUGCAGGCCUCACCAUUGGCCGCCUUCUCGAGAUCCUUCUCCACCGCUCUUAAUUACGUGAGUUAUUCAGUUUUAUCUUUUUUAUUUUUUGCCAUCUGGAUUCGGUCUCAUUGUUAGAUUGGUGGUUCUUGUUCUCCCUUGUAUUUAUGAAUUGAUAUCAUCUUUUCUGUCUCUGAUGGAGGGGAUCAUUGGCGCAUGCAGCACCUUGACUCGCCUGAUAAUAAGAGUGACAUGACGUGGGAGUUCUCAGAGGCUAACAUGGAAAGGGUACGUAAAUUUGAAAAUCGCCAACAUUUCUGUUGUGUUAAGUUCUGACGCUUUUGUCGUACGAUGAGCGAAUUUUUGCAAUCUCAUCCCUACGUAAGUUAAGUUUGUACCGACGACCUAAGGAUCCAUGUUUUUGACCUCGGAACGAGAUACCUUAUCAAUCUAAGGGUAGUAGCUGCUUACCUUCAUCAAAUAGAUCACUAGAGAUCGGUGGAGAGAGAGAGAAACGGGGGAGGAUGGGGGAUAUGCUUUGCACGAGAUACCAUAAGCUGCAAUGGAGAACUUAUUCUUUCCUUUUGUGGGCUUAUAUCCCACGUGAGAUCUUUCGUACGUGUCUUCUAUUUGUUGUUGAUGCUAUAGUUCAGCGAAUUAAAGGUUGUCUCAGGACUUUGAAGUAGGCCAUUGUGAUGUUUUCGUAUGGAUGGUACCAUGUUCUGAUAUUAAUUCCAUCCUUUCGAAGCUUUUAAAUGUCGGAUUAAAAUCUAGAAGUUCUAUUUUGGAAAUUAAGCCACGAGAGUGGAGGAGAUCCCGUUGUUACUUUGGAUCGAUUAGUGUUAAAGCAUCUCGUUCUUUCAACUUUACUCUAUGCGGUUGAAUGAAAAAGCGGUGUGUGCUUCCUGAAGUUGACUAGUUUUAGUUGACAAUGUUGGCCAUUUAACAGUCCAUGUAGUCAUUUCCUAGACCAAUUAUUAUGAACAUUCGGAAGAUUUGUAAUCAAUUCGUUUGGCUCAUUUUUAAAAGAAUGAAAAAAGGCUGAUGAUAUUACUGUGAUUCGGAUCUUGAUAGAUUAUCCCCUUGCAGCUGUUCUUCAAACGGAAUAAAGACAAUGGACAAGUCAUUUUGAGCUUGUUUUUUUUCAGUGGAUCACCUAGAUUAACAAUGGACACAGACUAGGAAAGUUACAUCUGUGGACCCUUGAUACCAUGCUCUCUUACAUUAUGAAGGGUUUUCUCAUCUUCGAUGCCAUGCAACUCCUGACGCCAUGAGCAGGCAUUAGUGUUCUCAUUCAUCUAUUGAACCUCGGGCCUACCAAAUUGAAUGCACCCACCUGCUAGGUAGUCUUGAUAUUUUUUCUUUUUUCUAUGGCGAUGUACGUCAAUUAUUUCACCUACAUUUCCCUACUGAGAUGGAAUUUCCAUCAGCCUUUUCCCUACUGAGAUUUUCAUCAGCUGAGGUCCCCUUGUCCAUCCUGCUAAUGUUUCCUGUUUCUUCUUACUCUAGCUGUACCGAGUUUCCUGUGUUUUUGGCGGAUGAAUCAUGGUCUAAUAACAGACUCAUGAAUCUCACAUCUCCUUGACUUUGCCCAUGCUUUAGUGUGCACUAGACAUUGUCAAGCCUGUGGUGUAUUUGAGACUUACGUUUUACGUGCUGAGCGCCUUGUUCAAUGGUGACUGGUGUAUUGUAGGUUGUCUAAUCCUUGAGGAUAAUCUAGGAUACUAUUCGUCACCGGUGUCUAGUGGUUGAUCCCAUUGUUUAAUUGCUGAUGAUGUCUGAUAGUACUAAUAAUGUUCCAAUAAGCUGUUUCUUGCGCAAUGGGGUGUGUGUGUGUUCUGAAUCCUUGACGAGGUUGAAUGGAUUUUUCAGGCAUAUAAUUAGUGAGCCUAUAAUUGCUAUAAAUCAUAUUCUGAGGAUUGCCAUUGAUUUCAAUGCGGUAUAAUUCAACUAGUACAGUUGGUAUCUUUAUACUAUCCCCAGACACAUGCUUCUUUAAUGAUAAAACAUGAUGGCUGCGAAACAGCAAGGCUUGUCAAAGGAUCUAUCUUUUUGGAUAUUCACUGGCUAAUUGACAUGAAGCUAUCACUGGCAGAAGUAAACCAGAACGCCAAAUUCAAUGGGGAGCUUCACUCGUCUUCCUAGCAAAUUCCCUCCUUCUGACCGAACAACCAAAAGGGUCGUUUUAAGCAACUUUGUCUAAUCAACACGGUUUUUUCUAUGGAGAUAGUAGCAUCAGAUCUGAUCGUCUCACAGAUAUGAACUUCCCAGCUCAUCUCUUUCUUGAAAACCUGCUGUUAUGCUUUAGACAGCCAUACAAUCUUUCUGCUUUGCGCUUUUUAUUACACUCUGUUGACUGACAUGGUGAUUGUAUAAAUCUCAAGGAAAUCUACUAAAAUAUGAAAAGCAUAGUGAAUGACGUUUUAGGAGUCAAGUGAACAUUAAAAAUAAAUGCCAUACAUACUAUGCCGACAUGUGUUGUAGAGCUUAGGGUGAGACAAGGUGAGCCUCUUUUUUAUUGGGCUGGUUGGAUCUGCCUAUGUUUUGUUUUAUCAGAUGAUCAUCAUGAUCCAAUUGUUUUGUAGUCAACAUUAAAGUGCGCGAAUGUAUCAAAUUCAAUCUUGCAAUCGAUUGGUGUUUCUUGCAAUCUUCUUUAUGUUCCCUGUUCAGUCAUCAGAUUACCUUUGCCCUGUUGAGUUGGAUAUCUACUUAUAAUCUUGUAACAUGUUGCGUAGUGAUUCUGUUCUAUUUAUUUUUUAUCUUGAAUCAAAUGAUGAAUUGUACUAUCAAAGACAUUUUUUGAAAGUGUUAUAAUUUUUCUUCUUCAUGAGUUUCCAGGUCAAAGAGAUUUUGUCUCACUACCCUUCCAACUAUAAACAGUCUGCUGUCAUUCCCCUGCUGGAUCUUGCACAGCAACAACAUGGGGGGUGGCUACCAGUUGCAGCAAUGAAUGCGGUAUGCCUACGUAUUUAUUCACUUACGUUCUUUACACCUGAGUUUUUAUCUUUGAAAAGAGAAGUUUUAAGGCUGGUGUUGCAUUACGUACAUGAACGUAUGUAAAUCUUUUAAAAGGUAGUAAGGUUGCUACUUCCUGAUAAAUAAACCUUAGAUGAGAUAAUGUCAGGUGGAGGUUCAACUGAUUAUUACUAGAAAUAGAAAUUCUCAGGUAAAUUAAACUAAAACUGUCCUCCGAUGAAGAUUUGGCAGAUUAUCACCUUUCGUUUUUGUUAAAAGUGCCCAAUUUCCAACAGAAAGAGUGUAUUACAUGGUUUUCUGUAAUUCCCUUUGAAAGCCUGAAAUUAUAUUUGCCAAUUAUAAUCCUUUAGUGAACGCUGAGUCUUUUUUUCAGUAUAAAGAUGAGAUUUCUCUCGACUAAUCGGAAAAGUUAGGGUGAAAUGAACUCCAUGUCUCGGUGCCCUAGGGAUACCCAAGCAUCCAAUUAUCCAAUUGGAACCGUCAAAACUUUUCCAUGAAAUCUGAUCGAUUGGUCUGCCUGGCGUUCUGAUCUAUUACAUGCACAAGUUUAUCAGUAAGCAUUUUAGUCAUUAUAUUAUGAAUCUCAUGUUCUAAAUUGAUGGACCUAAAUUCUCAUUUCUUUCUGCUUAUUAUUUUGGUCAAUCACUACUAGUGACAUAAAUUGAACUAUUUACAUGUGUAAGAUAUUUAAUUGGUUUAAUGAACGCCAUGAAUUAUAACUUGGCUGGACUUCAGGGAGCACAAAUCUUUCUAUUGCUAUUUAUCAGUCUUUUCACAUUAAUUCUGCCUACAUUCUGGUACCUCAUUUUGUUUAACAUUAUAUAUUGUUUAAUUCCGAAUCAUACUAGCCUAGAUUUGACUUUCAUUAUUUUUCUCAUAUUCCGUAUAUCACUAAGACACCAUCUGCUUUCUCUCCCAUGAACGAUUGAAUAAUAACAGAUAGCUAAGGUCAUAGAAGUUGCUCCAAUCAGAGUAUAUGAAGUUGCCACAUUUUAUUCAAUGUUCAACCGGACAAAGGUUGGUAUUCAGGUUCUUCUUUUAGUUUUUAAUUUCAUCCAUUCACAAAAAUAAAUAAAAAACAGAUGCAUUUUUAGUUCUCACUAUUAUUAUACUGCAAAGGUUGGUAAAUAUCACCUCCUCGUAUGCGGAACCACUCCUUGUAUGAUACGUGGUUCACGGGACAUAGAAGAGGCAUUACUGAACCAUCUGGGUGUCAAGCGGAAUGGUAAGCAGCCCCAUGCAACUCGGAUUACGUUUAUCUUUCUUAAUGAAGAAUGGUAAGAGGCAUUUUUCAGUUUAUGGUCAAUUGCUGAACUGGUUCUCUUUGUUUUCUUUUCUGGCAGAGGUGACGAAAGAUGGCUUGUUCUCUGUUGGGGAAAUGGAGUGCAUGGUCAGUUUGUAGGCCAUUACAUUACUUACGAUUCCGAAUCUUUCCAUUUCUGCCCAGUCCAGGACUCUUGUGAUCUUCAUUCCAUUCCAUUUAGAUGAGAAUAUUACAAUAUACAAUUUAUAUCUGAAAGCUGAAGGGGAGUUUCUACUUGACCGUUGAUUUGUACAGGGAUGCUGUGUAAAUGCUCCAAUGAUGGCAGUGGCCGACUACUCCAAGGGUUCAGAAGGCUACACCUACAACUACUAUGUCAAUUCCUGAUCCUAAUCUAUUUUAGUGUUACCUUUUUUAGAAAAUAUGACUGAUUUCUUGCUCCCUUUUUCGGAAGUCGGCCUGGUUUAUUGACAAGGAAUCUGCUCCUCCUCCGUCAUUCCUGACUGGUGCGCAUUUGUCUGUGUGGUUCAGGAAGACAUCACCCCAAAGAGAGUUGUUGAGAUCGUCGAGAUGUUGAGAAGAGGAGAAACUCCACCUGUAAGUCUCUCAUUUUUCCUCUAAAUAGUAAUAAAAAAAAUAAAGAUUCUCCCGUUUGAACCCCCCCCCUCUGCUUCUGCAGGUUGGCACACAGAAUCCCCUGCGUGUGAGGGGCGGGCCUGCCGGGGGAAACACUACUCUGCUUGGGGAACCAAAGCCGCCGCCAUGCCGGGACUUGGAUGCCUGCUGA